CGGUGACGGAGGAGCUCUCUUCUUAAUCGAGAGGUUUAAGGAUCAGACUGAUGUGAUUUGUUUAACAGCAGACACGAAUUAUCUCUUCUCUCAAAACACGUGUUCUUCAAAAUUGAUCAUAUUAUUCUCGAUUUCCACAAACUAUAGUUGAAAAUAAAUCCGAGUCAUGAAAUUGUUUCCUAAUUUGGGAGUUUUUAUUGCGUUUAAUCGGAAUCUCUUGCCGUUAUCUACUACUUAUCAGGGUAAUCAAAGAGGCACUACAAGUUUUAUGGAUCAUUGUGAUUGAAGAGAGUUGGUAAAAUCAGCAAGCUUUGUCACAGAGUGGAGUUUGCAGCUCCAUAUGAGAUCAAAGAAACUUCCUUUCCCUUAGAUCUCCCGAAAAACCCUCCCUUCUGACUCAAAUAAAUGGUGUUUGGGCUGAAAUUUUUCAUCAGAUUUUGAUCGUUGUAGGAAAAACAUAUAAAAGCCAGCAAGAGGUCUCGAUGAUGUCGCCUAUUUUCCUCCUGUUAUCAGAUCUGAAAUUGCAACCGGAGUUCUGCAUUCAUAAAUUGUCUAUCAAUUCAUUUGUUUCCUUUUGAACCUUAGCAACAGAAAGAAAUCAGAAAAUGGUCGAAACUUGUGGUCAGCAUAUCAAGCGGAGGAGAACAGAGACACAACCUCUCAAGCUAUCUAGAGCAGAGAGAUGGAAUGUCGUAGAUGAAGAGGAUGUCUUUAUGGACAUCCUAUCUCGGGUCUCUGUCAAAUCUAUCUGGUCUCUGAAGACACUUAGUAAGCACUGGCAUGGUUCAAUAAGUACUACAUACUUUUGUAAGCUGCAGUUAGCGCACUCGAGGAAGAAUCCCUCAUUCAUAGUCUGUCCUACUCUGGAGACAUCAAUGAAGUUGUAUUCAAUGGAUUCAAGGAGUUUUGAACUUUCCCCCCUCAACACUAUUGAUCCCUCUGAGAGAAGCCACGGGGUAUCCCUAUACAUGAUAUCAUCUUUUAACGGACUCAUCUGUUGCGUUAAUGUGAUUUUUGACGAAGACGUAGAAAGCAAGUUCUUUGAUCUGCAGAUAUGGAUAUGCAACCCUUGUACGGGGGAGACUCUCCUUCUUCCCCAAGGGAGACCCUCGUUUGAGUGUGAGCCAUGUGUUGGAGUGGCUUAUAGCUCCGACACAAGUGACUAUAGAAUUUUCCGUAUAUUCUGCACUGGAAAGAAAAUUCCUGAAGAAAGGGAAUCUGUGGAGGGAUAUUAUGUUCGGGAAGGUUACGCCUAUGAAUGUGAGAUGUUUUCUUCUAGCACUGGUUCUUGGAAAAACAUUGGCCUUGUGCCUUGUGUUCCUAUGGAUUGUGGUCUUAGGCCAUACAAAACUGGUCAUAUUUGUGUAGAAGGAAAAGUUUAUUGGCUGGUUUCAUUAGAUGAGCCAGGUAAGAUCCUCUCAGUAAAUUUGGAAGGGAGAUUCAAGGUUAUAAACUUGCCAGAAUAUGAAGCUAAUCAAAAGGGUGAAGACAAGAUCACAGAGGGUACCCAUCUGAUAAAUCUGAAAGGAUCUCUCGCAUUACUUGUUCUACAUCCAGGCUACAUGGAUAUAUGGCUUUUGAAAGACAACGGCGAGACAUAUAGUUGGGUGCCCGUGCCUUUAUUGAAAUAUCAUAUUCGUAUUAAAGAUGAUGAAUUGGUUUUAACUGUAACUUCAUUAAAGAACAAGAUCAUAUGUGUGACUGAGACACACUGGCAUAUUUAUAAUGUGGAUACUGGAAAGUGGAAGAAGAUAAGGGGACCUCGUACUGGAUUUGGGUAUCCUGCUGUGUUCCCAUUCACCGAGAGCAUUCUUCCAUGUAAAGGUGGUGUGAAGCUGUAGAAGAAAACAACAAGAGUAUCGAUGUUCUCUGAUGCCAUGCGGAGAAUGCUGAAUCUGAGAGGUUGGGUGUUAAAACUUUCUGGUUUGUGUUGGGUUUCGUUUUCGUUUUGAACUUGGUUUAUGCUGUUUCUGUUUUCAAGACUUGAUUGACAGUAGUAAUAAGCUGUGGGUGCUUUGUCUCUGAACAGAGUUUUAUUAAAUGUUGUCAAAACCAUUAAUGUUCUUCUGCUUUGAUUCUCUGUUCUUGUUGCUAAUUUUGAGUUCUGCUUA